CUACUAACUUGCUUUUUGGGUGCAACAACAAUUAAAAAGUGAGAGAGAGAAGAGCCAUUACCAAGAACACCACAAAGCAUUCUCCUUUUUAUUUUUAUAUAUCCAAGUCCAUGUAAGAAAAAAAAAGGAUUGCUCUUUGUUCCUUAUUUAUUUCAAGUUCUUCUUUGGUGCAAACAAAAAUUCAAGAAUCUUUCUCUAUACGAUGAGGAUCCGGAAACGACAAGUUCCUCUUCCUCUUUCGUCUCUAUUACCUGUUCCUCUAUCAGAUCUCUACUUUAACAGGUCACCUACGGCCACCACCGCUCCAUUCUUUUGCGGCCAAGACAGAGACGGUGUUCUUGCUUCUCUUCUUCAGCUUUCGCCACCACCGUCGCCGGUUACUGAUCGGCUGAUUCAUAGAGAUGUGAUGAGGAAUAAUGAGAAGAAAGCUUUGAAGGAUGAGGAUGAUGAUGUAGACGUGAAGAGUAGUACUGAUGCAUCUGGCAUUCGCAGCAAAAACGUUAAUCCCUUGGGAGAAUCUGACUCUUCAACACAAGUUGUCGAGAAGAAUGAGAAGGGUGUUACUUUGAGGAAGAGAAGAAGCUUUAUAAGCUUCGAGGAACAAACAGAUGAGGAGGAGGAAGAGGAAGAAGCUCACGGUGGUAAAAAAGGGAAGAAGAGAGCCAAAAAGAACGGUGUGUUAGAGGAAGGAUCACGGUGCAGCCGCGUUAACGGUAGAGGAUGGAGAUGUUGUCAGCAAACUCUUUAUGGAUAUUCUCUUUGCGAGCAUCAUCUUGGUAAAGGAAGAGUAAGAAGUAUGAACAAGAGUGCAGGCCGUCGUGGCGGCGAGAAAAAGACGGUGGUGAUGGAAGUGAAGAAGAAGAGAGUGAAGCUUGGGAUGGUGAAGGCGCGUUCCAUAAGUAGUUUGCUUGGUCAGGCCAGCACAAGUAGUGGUAUUGCUGAUGUUGUGGUUGCUGCUGAGAGUGAGAUAAGUGCACCUGCUGAUCAGUUUGCUGAUAAUAUUAAGUAAGACUGCCGAUCAGCAUUUGCGGAGUUGUUUGUAUAUGUUUAUGUACAUGAUGAUAAUGGACAUAGCUCUAUGUAUUCGGUGUGUGUGAACGUUGUGCCUAUAGAUUGAUUGAGGACUUGGCUUUUGCUCUUGAUCA